UCCUGAGGUCUCUAGGCAGGGCUGCUGGGAGCUGAGGAGUCGGUGGCGAAGCCCAAGCCAGGGAGAUCUGGCUUCAUGUGCCAUGACCAACAAUUUGGACAUCUUUGUGGGGAACACCACCCUGAUUGAUGAGGAAGUCUAUCAGCUCUGGCUGGAUGGGUACUCAGUGAAUGAUGCCGUGGCGCUCCGCCUGCGCAGUGGAAUCCUGGAGCAAACGGGGGCUACGAUGGACGUGCUCCAGAGCGACACCAUGGACCACUACCGUACUUUCUACAUGCUGGAGCGCCUCCUUCACUCGCCACCCAAGCUGUUGAACCAGCUGCUGUUCCAGAUUCCCCCUUAUCGCCAGACCAUGCUGAUCGAAAGGUAUUACGCCUUUGACGAGGCCUUUGUGCGGGAAGUGCUGGGCAAGAAACUCUCCAAGGGCACCAAGAAAGACCUGGACGACAUCAGCGUCAAAACAGGAGUGACGCUCAAGAGCUGCCGUCGACAGUUUGACAAUUUCAAGCGGGUCUUCAAGACAGUUGAAGAGCUCCGCGGAUCCCUGGUGGAAAAUAUUCAGCAGCACUUCCUGCUUUCUGACCGUCUAGCUGGGGAUUACGCAGCCAUCGUCUUCUUUGCCAACAGUCGCUUUGAGACGGGGAAAAAGAAGCUGCAAUAUUUGACGUUUGAAGAUUUUGCCUACUGUGCCGAGCAGAUGAUUCAGAACUGGACUUUGGGAGCGGUGGAUACCAACGUGGAUGACAUGGAUGUCGACCUUGACAAGGAAUUCUUGCAGGGGCUGAAGGAGCUCAAAAUUUUGAUUACAGACAAAGACUUGUUGGAUCUUCACAAAAGCCUGGUGUGCACAUCCUUGAGGGGGAAGAUUUCUGUGUUCAACGAGAUGGAAGCCAAUUUCAAGAAUCUCUCCCGGGCCCUGAUCAACAUUGCCUCGAAACUUACUCACAGCAAAGAUGUACGGGACUUUUUUGUCGAUCUGGUGGAGAAGUUUGUGGAGCCCUUUCGGUCAGACAAGUGGAGCCCAAACGACGUGCGCCUCUUCCUUACUCAGUACACGGUUUGCGCUCACACGCUGGAUGCCUUCAGGCACCAAGUGCUUUGGGAGAGAUACAUGGGCACGCUCAAAGCAUGUCUUCUGAAGAUGUACCAUGACUGACCAGCGGUGGUUGGGUUUUGCUUGCAUUUCCCCCUGUGGGGAAGAGAUGAGUUCUUGGCCAAAGAGCGUACAAGCCCAGCUGGAAUGGGCCUCUUUGCUGGCUGCAUCUCUCUC